ACUCCUAUAGGCUGUGGCGGAGGGAAGAGAAGCCCGGUGGUACAGUCCACGGUCCUUCGCCUUGGCCCCCAAGAAAUUGCACUGGGAAAGAUAGGGUGGGAAAGCGCGGCCUCUGUGGCCAAAACGACCAGCCUUCCAAGAUGGAGGCCCCCAUAGAGGCAAUCCCAAGGGGACAGCCAUGUUCCUUGCCUGACAGAGUCACUGAAGAAAAUUGGAAAGCCCGCCUCUCCUCUGACACUCACGCACACUCACGCACACUCACGCACCGAUAACGUAUAAGUGCGCCGGGUGUAAUUGUGGGCCGCUGGAGCAGCGGCUGCUUCGAAGCUGACAGUGAGCAUGUGCAGAACAAAUCCAGAAACUCAAGGCUCCCUCAAAACAGUUUCAGGUCUUAAAGAGUGCAGGAGUUUAACAGGCAGAUUAAAGGCCAGUUAAACAUCGAGAUGAGAUUAUUACAAGGUUGUGAUGACCGGAUUUCGUAUCAAUGAUGGUACUCUGUAGGCUUUCUUGGAGCCUCUGCAGAGUCCCUGGACCAGAACGGUUAGUGGGGACUGCAGGAUCUUCCUUCUAACCAGGCUCAACUGUGCCGCCAGACCUGGGUGAGCCCACAGAUGCCAGCCCAGCUUCAAGCUCCUGGGAAGAGUCUAGUCAUCAGGGCCCAGGCCCAGCAUGAACAUGCCAGCCAAUGGAGAUUCUGUCCAGUCGUCCGUGGCCCUGGCUGCAGAGAAACAUGGCAGCUCACUUGAGCCAUCACAGGUACACCAGUUGCAGCCAGCCCACCUGAAGAGGAACUUCUGGCCUUCAGGCAUCCUUUCCUCAAAGAUAAACAAAGUUAAGGUAUCCAUAUCAUUUGAGGAUGUGACUGUGAACUUCAGCAGGGAGGAGUGGCAGCAUUUGGACCCUGUUCAGAGACGUCUGUACUGGGAUGUGACACUGGAGAACUACCAUCAUCUGAUCUCAGUGGGAUAUCAAGUUCCCAAAUUAGAAGCCAUCUACAAGUUGGAGCAAGGAGAGAGGCCAUGGACACUGGAGGGGGAAGCUCCAUGUCAAAGCUGUUCAGGUGAAAAUAUUAGGAAAACUCAACAACAGGAAAUUUCUGGAGAAGUUGCAUUCCACUGUGAGAGAUUUGAUCAACCCACAGGAGAAGAUUCAUUGUGUUCCAUUUUGGAAGAACUGUGGCAAGAGAAUGACCAACUAGAGAGAUAUCAGGAAAACCAGAUGAACCCUUUAAGUCUUGUCAAAAUAUUAAUUAAGGAGAGGGGCUAUGAAUGUCAAAACCUUGAAAGAAUAAUUCACAUGACUACCAAGCUUGUUCCUUCAAUUAAAAGACUCCAUAAAUAUGACACAUUUGGAAAGAGUUUGAAGCAUACUUUAAACUUACAUAAUUAUAACCGAAGCACUGCAACAAAGAGCCUUGAGAGGAUAUUUGGAAAUAGUAACAAUUUUGCUGACAGCUCUUGCUCUACUAAGAAUGAGAAUACUAACACAAGAGUGAAUUCCCAUGGACAUAAUCAGUGUGAAGAACACGUCAAUCACAAACAAACUCUCAUCGAUCAUCAGAAAAUUCCUACUGGGGAGAAACUUCACGGAUGUAGUAAAUGUGUAAAGGGCUUCAGUCAGAAGUUGGAUCUCUUUGGACAUCAGAAAAUUCAUGCUGGAGAAAAAUCCCAUGGAUGCAACAAAAGUGAGAAAGUCUUCACUCAGAAGCCAAAAAUUGAUAGACAUCAGAGUGUUCAGAUAGGAGAGAAACCCUAUGUAUGUACUCAAUGUGGGAAGGCCUUUACCUUCAAGUCAAACCUCAUUACACACCAGAAAAUUCAUACUGGGCAGAAGCCCUAUAAAUGCAGUGAAUGUGGGAAAGCCUUUUUCCAGAAAUCAGAUCUCUUUAGACAUCUGCGAAUUCAUACAGGAGAAAAACCUUAUGAAUGUAGUGAGUGUGGAAAAGGCUUCUCCCAGAAUUCAGACCUCAGUAUACAUCAGAAAACUCAUACCGGAGAGAAACACUAUGAAUGCAGCGAAUGUGGAAAAGCCUUCACAAGAAAAUCUGCCCUCAGGAUGCAUCAGAGAAUUCACACAGGAGAGAAACCUUACGUGUGUACUGAAUGUGGGAAGGCCUUCAUCCAGAAAUCACACUUCAAUACACAUCAGAGAAUUCACACUGGAGAGAAACCUUAUGAAUGCAGAGACUGUGGGAAAUCAUUCACUAAGAAGUCGCAGCUCCAUGUGCAUCAGCGAAUUCACACAGGAGAGAAACCCUACAUAUGUACAGAGUGUGGAAAGGUCUUCACUCAUAGGACAAAUCUCACCACACAUCAGAAGACUCACACUGGAGAGAAGCCCUAUAUGUGUGCUGAAUGUGGGAAGGCUUUUACUGAUCAGUCUAAUCUCAUCAAACACCAAAAAACCCAUACUGGAGAGAAACCCUAUAAAUGCAGUGGCUGUGGGAAAGCUUUCAUAUGGAAGUCACGCCUCAAAAUCCAUCAGAAAUCUCAUAUUGGAGAGAGACACUAUGUGUGCAAGGAAUGUGGGAAAGCCUUUAUCCAGAAAUCAACACUAAGAGUGCAUCAGAGAAUCCACACAGGGGAGAAACCCUAUGUUUGUCCUGAAUGUGGGAAGGCCUUCAUCCAGAAAUCACAUUUCAUUGCACAUCAUAGAAUUCAUACUGGAGAAAAACCUUAUGAAUGUGGUGACUGUGGAAAAUGCUUCACCAAGAAGUCACAGCUCCGGGUGCAUCAGAAAAUUCACACAGGCGAGAAACCCAAUAUAUGUGCUGAAUGUGGAAAGGCCUUCACAGAUCGGUCAAAUCUCAUAACACACCAGAAAAUCCAUACAAGGGAGAAACCCUAUAAAUGCAGUGACUGUGGAAAAACCUUUACCUGGAAGUCACGCCUCAAUAUACAUCAGAAAUCCCAUACUGGAGAGAGACACUAUGAGUGCAGUAAAUGUGGGAAAGCAUUCAUCCAAAAAGCAACACUCAGCAUGCAUCAGAUAAUUCAUACAGGAAAGAAACCUUAUGCUUGUACAGAAUGUCAAAGAGCCUUCACUGACAGAUCAAAUCUCAUUAAACACCAAAAAACACACAGUGGAGAAAAAUGCUACAAAGCCAGUGACUGAAGGCUGUUUCAGAACUGGAAAAUCACAACACAUCCAUCAGAUAGGUCCUAGUGGUAAAGAGGAAUGCCUGAUACUGUAAUCACUGUGCAGGGGGAAGUAGAAAUGAGAGGCAGUGACCUGAGGGAGCAGAAGCCAGGCAAACCCAAAUAGCCUUCACUCAACUAGAAAUAAAAGUUCCAGCAUCACCACAAUUGACAGACUCUUAAAUGCACAGAAAGACCAUUUAGAACAUCUGAGCAACAGUUAUGUUUGGUUACAUGAUUGAUACUGAGGCUGUCAACUCUUGAAAAUGGUAGAAAUAAAGACACGAGAUGACUCAUCAUCUCUUAUGUUCCAUUUUUAGGAUGAAGGACUUAUACAUUUCAGUUCUUUGUAUCCUGGGACAUAAAAGUACUCAAUAUUGGCCCAAAUUGUUUCACAUUUCUAGGUGAGGAGAAGUUUUCCAUUGUCCAGUUGAAGGGCCCUGAAGUUAAGGCCAAAAAUUUAUUGAAAAUGCAGAUUUGUCAGUAGAACCAGAAGAGUUUGUGAUCCUUGAUAGUUAAGACACAGAAAAGAUUCCCAUGAAGAACUACUCUUUCUAAAUGAAAGAGAAUUUUUAAACUUAAAUUUUGACCUUAAGAACUGGAAAAUUAGCUGGGUGUGCUGGUGCACACCUAUAAUCCCAGCAGCUUGGGAGGCUGAGACAGGAAGAUUGCGAGUUCAAAGCCAGCCUCAGCAAAAGCGAGGUGCUAAGCAACUCAGUGAGACCCUGUCUCUAAAUAAAAUACAAAAUAAGGCUGGGGAUGUGACUCAGUGGUUAAGUGCCCCUGAGUUCAAUCCCCAGUACCCACCCCUAAAGAAUUGGAAAAUUUGGCACAGCUUUGUCCUGUGUUACAAGAAUAUAGUCAUUAAAGGUUAUAGACAUCUAAAGAUGGCAAUUGUUCCCUUAUUAAUUCUCUCCUCUGGCCACAGGUGAAUCAUACCCUACAUGCUUUCUAACCCAUUCCCCCAAAGCUAUCAUCUAUAUAAGCUUCAGAACAAAGACUCCUUAUCCUCUUAUUACCCAAUUGACCCCAAGACAAUGGAACUGAGCCACAGCACUAUGGAUUUUCAGCCUCAUCCAUGGAUGUCCCUGCCUGCCUUAGAAUUCCUUUUUGAAAAAGAAUGGUUGAGAAACUGGAUUUCAAUACACAAAAUUGUAUUUUCCUUCCAAUUUGGUUAAUAUAUAUUCACUUCCUACAUGCACAUUAAGGGUGGUUUUGUGUAAAUUACUGUGUGAUAAAGUCAUAUUGCAUUGCAAUUGGUUGUUCCAAGAUAUAGUUUCUUAUUGUUGAAUAACUGGGAGAUUUCUCUAGAAAGAACACCGCUUUUUCUUUUUCUUUUUAAACUGGGGAUUGAAGACUGAGCUCAGGUGCUUAACCACUGAGCCACAUCCCUAGCCUUUUAAAAAAAUUUUAUUCUGAGACAAGGCCAUGGUAUAUUGCUGAGGCUGGCUUUGAACUCACAAUUCUGCCUCAGUCUCCCAAGCUGCUGGGAUUACAGGUGUGUGCUACUGUGCUGAGCAAGUGCUGCUUUUUUUAAGCACUGAUAUAUAGACAGUUUCCCACGUUCCCUUUAACAUUUUUCACAAUACUCAUAAGAAAAAAGGCUUUCUUCUUAGCAUAUUAUUUUAUUUUUAAAAUAUUUUUAUUAAAGUAUAAUGCAUACAGAAAAUGCACUUACAUAUAUAAGAGUACAGCUCAAUGAAUUCUGACAUAUGGAACAUACUCAGCUCAAGAAGCAACAUGACCAGCACUCUAGAAACUCUCUGUGUACUUCCUCCCAGGACCUCCACACAUACCAAGAGUAAACACUAUCCUGACUUUAACAGCAUGGAUUCAUUUCACCUGCUUUGUAUUUUAUAUAAAUUGAUAUUUCAUAUGAGUUAUAGACUCUUUAGUGUCUUUCUUUUAUCAUUAACAUUAUGAAUGUGAGAUUUAUCCAUAUUGUUGCAUAUACUUGUAAAUAACUCAUUGUCAUGUUGUAUUCUAUUGUGUGAAUAUGCUUCAAUAUAUUUAUCCAUUCUA